AUACGCAGAGUAAAGCAUCUAAAGAUAGAGCAAAACAUAGGGGAAAAUUUGACCUUGUCCUUACGGGUUUAUAUAACCGCUUGUUUCAUACAGCAGAGCGGUCAGUCGGUCGAUUGCUUUACCCAACAAAACCCAUCUAAUCGUCUUUGUGACUAGUGCAAAUCGAUCAUUCAGUCAAUUAGUAUAUAUCUACCUACAGGAGUGCCUUUUUAUCUUUUUUUUUUCUUUUUUGAUAUAGAUGAAAUAAGAAAGUGCGCUUUUAUAAGCCAAACCCUUAGCUUUAUAUCUAUUUCCUUUAGAAAAUUAUUGUAAAGACAAUUUGACCUAAAUGUUAAAAAUUUCAUAUGACAGUUUGUGGCAUUUAAACAUCAACGUUCACAUAGUCAAGUCACUAUUUUGGAUUAAAAAAUGACUUGUAAUAUAAUGUUCAUAUCAAGGGAAUAAUAUAAUAUUUAUAUAUCCAUUGUUGGUGUUGUGCUAGAAAUGCGAGGGUGACUAAGAAGAGCAACAAGAUAUACUCCAAAGUUGCAGUGUUUGUUCAACCUUGAUUGUACUAAUUCGGUUUGAUAUUAUUGCAUAAUAAAUUCAAAUAAAAACCUUGAUUAACUACAGUUUAUAAUAAAAAUAUAAUUUGUGAUAACUAUUCACCCACUUGUGUGUUAUUUUAAUUAAAUAUUGAUAAAUAUGAAUUUAUUAGUUGGAGUGAUUUUAAUUUUAGCAUUUAUAUUUAAAAGUGUUGAGUCAAAAUGCAGUUUGGCACCAGUUGAUAUUGAGAGAUAUGGCGAACGUACAAUUGCAUAUGUUUGUAUUAAUGGUGACCUUGAUGAUUUAGCAGAUGUGCCAAAUGAAGCUGAUUGGAUUGAAUUUACUGUUGUUAAAUUUAAUAUUAUACCGGCUGAUGAAUUUUUACGUUUUAAAAAUUUACGUAAAUUAACAUUUUAUAAUUGUGAAAUACGUGAAUUAGAUACAGAUGCUUUUAGAGGUCUUGAUAAAUUAGAAUGGUUUGUAUUUUCAAAUACAAAAUUAAAUGUUGCACGACAAUCAAUGUUUAAAUAUAUGUCAAAUUUAAAAAUGCUUACACUUGAUAAUACUGGAUUAAUUUAUAUUGAGCCAGAAGUAUUAAAUAUAUUAAGUAAACGUCUUGAAGUACUUAGUUUAAAAAAUAAUGAUCUUGAUUGUCUUCCAAUUGAUAAUUUAAAAAAAAUGCAAAGACUUAAAACAAUGAGAAUUGAUGAAAAUCCAUGGAUGUGUGAUUGUAGAAAAUCACUUAAGGUAUUUUUUGAAGAACGUAAAAUUGAUCAAGGUUUAUCAUCAUCAAGUGUUAAUGAUAUUUAUCAUGGACGUAGAAAAAGAUGGCAAAAUUAUUAUUAUAAAAAUUCAAGUUAUUCAUUAACACAAAAAUCAACUCAUCGUGUUUAUGAUUGUAUGGCUGUAUUGGAGUAUCCAUCAUUACCACCUUCACAAAAUUCAAAUUACGAUUAUUCAAAUCAUAAAAAAAUUGAAUGGAGAGAAGCAACUGCUUCUAGUAUAUCAUAUCUCGAUCGUUUGCCAGAUGAAAUUGGCUGGAUUGAAUUGUUUGACAUUAGAAUUCCAACAAUAAGAAGAUAUAGUUUUUUUAGAUUUGGUAAUAGCUUGAGAAGUAUUACAUUAAAAAAUUGUGGUAUUGAAAAUAUUGAACCUGAGGCAUUUGCUGGACUUCAUAAAUUACAAAGAUUAGUUAUAAUUGGUGCAAAAAUGCCUAUUAUUAAUAAUUAUUUAUUCAGAGAUUUAUCAAGAUUAAAUGAUCUUGUUCUUGAAAAAUGUUUUAUUCAAAAAUUUGAAUAUAAUGCAUUACAAAAUUUAAAAAAUCUACGACAACUUGAUUUAUCAUCAAAUAGAUUAACUUGUUUACCUGAAGAAACUUUUCAAGGUCUUCAAUCAUUGGAACGUAUUGUAACAUCAGGAAAUCCAUGGUUGUGUUCAUGUCGACGAGAUCUUGAGAGUUAUUUAACAGAUAAAAGAAUUGCCUAUGAUAUUAGUAAUAGCCGAGCUGAUGGACCAGGAUGUUUUGAAAAAGGCGGAUUACCAAUUAUCAUUCAAAACACUGAUACUCAAGAUUUUUACAACUACACAACAACAGGAAGAGUGAGAUGGAGUUGGGGAUAUGAAACACCAGUUCCACGUCCAAGACCUCCUCCAAUUCAAACAACCCCGAGACCACCAAUAAUUGUCGAAACAACAGCACCUCCAGCUGCUUUACACGGUGGUUGUCAAACAGUACCAGCACAAAAAUAUCAUCAUCAUCAUCGUUACAAUCAUCUACGUGGACAUACAUAUGUUUGUUCUCAAGCAUCUUUGAUUGACAUUAAAUCACUUCCCUCAACUAUCGAAACAAUUAUUUUUUCAAAAUCUCAAAUUGAAACAAUAAAUUCAUAUGUCUUUCAAAAAUUUAAUGGCUAUCUUAAAAGACUUGAAUUUCGUGAUUGUUCAAUUCAAGAUAUUGAACAUAGAGCAUUUGAUGGACUUGUAAAUCUUGAGAGUCUUGUUAUUCGUGAUAAUGACAUUCAAGUUGUUCGAUCAGAAUGGUUUGGUGAUGUUAGAAAUAUACGUCAUCUUGAUUUAUCAAGAAAUAAUAUUGGUCGUAUUGAUAAUGGUAUAUUUGAUCAAUUACCAUACUUGGAAAAUAUUGAUAUAUCAGAAAAUUUAAUGAAUUGCAUUGGAAUUGAAAAUUUAGAAAAAUUACGAUAUCUUCGAGAGCUCAGUGUUGCAGGAAAUCCAUGGACUUGUCUAUGUGCACGUAGACUUGCUCGAAUAAUUGAAGAUCGUAAUAUUUAUUGUGCUGGAAAAUGUUUGAAUGAUGUUUUGUAUGGCAAUGGUGAAUCAAAUUGGAGUACAUGUCAAUCAUCUGUUAUUCUUAAGCCAAAUGUAUCAAUACCACUUCAACCAACACCACCACCAACAACAACAGCAAUAACAUCCACUCCAUAUCUUGAUAUUCCCAUCCCACUAACAAAUAUUAGUGGUUCAUGUUUUUCAACCCAUGAACACACCCAUUAUCACUGCAGUAAUGGAGAUAAAUUUAUACUCAGCAAUGUUCCAAGUAAUGUUAGAUCAAUUGAAAUUUAUGAUAGUUAUUUACCCCAUUUACCAGCAAUUACCUUUGCUAGAUUCCAAAAUUUAACUGAAUUAAUUUUAAGAAAUUGUUCAUUGAGGGAUAUUGAUUCAAGAGCAUUUUGGGGAUUGCAUAAACUUGAAAAACUUGUUAUUAAAGAUAAUCGUUUUACAAUUAUACAAAAUGAAUGGUUUAAAGAAUGUGAAAAUUUAAAUUGGCUUGAUUUAAGUCACAAUAAUUUAAUGGAAAUUGAAACUGGUGCAUUGGAUGACUUGAAAAUGUUGCAAUAUUUAAAUUUAGAAGAUAAUAUGUUUCAGUGUAUUUAUACAAGUACAUUUGUUAAUUUACCGAGAAUUGAUACACUUGAAUUUGGAAGAAAUCCACUUAAAUGGAGAUGCUGGCAGGAUCUUAAACAAUUUUUAGAAGUUCGAGCAAUUGGAUAUACAUAUUACAAGUGUCCACAUGAUAGUCGUGAAAUUGUACAAAAUUUACAAAAUUAUAAAAAAAGUAGUGUUAAUACUGCUGCUUAUAAUUUUAUUAAUAUUAAUUUGACAAUUGUUUUAACUGUCAUCAUGUUCUUAAUGUGUUAAUGUCAAGGUAUUAUAUUAUUAUACAUGUAGAUGUUGCAAAUCGUGUAGUACCUGAUGCGAAACAACUCGCUAAUAUCACUAAUUACUCCUAAUUCAAUUAUUAUAUAUUCAUUAUAUAUCGUGUAUUUAUUAUAUAAUUAUAUGUACUUACUCACAUUAUUUUUUUUUUUAUUUAAAAAUAUUAAAAUAUUAAUUUAUAUUAGCAAAUUUUAUGAUUUAAAAUAUAUAUAUUAAUAAAUUUUAAUUAUUAUUAAUUGUUUUUUAUUUUAUAAUUAUUUUUUUUUAAUUUAUUGAUUCAUGUAUUAGUUAUAGUUAAUAUAAGUAAAACAAAAAUAAAAAAUAAAUUUCUAGCAGAGCGUGGUUUCGAUCCACGGACCUCUGGGUUAUGGGCCCAGCACGCUUCCACUGCGCCACUCUGCUCUUGUUGAUAACCCCCGCGAAUAUUUUUGCCAAAGAAUUUUUAAUAAUUAUUUUUCCUUAUAAUAUCAAAAAAAUCAAAUAAUAUUAGCUAAAUUUUUAAAUUUUAAUAUCCUAAUUAAUUCUUGUAAAAUAAUCAUUUUCAAAAAGUUAUUUUUUGCAAAUGCAUUUUCGUCAGUGCAGUUGGUGCUGCCACUUUGCUCUAAAUUUAAAUGAUAUUAUUUUUAAAUUAUCCUGAUAGAUGUCAGCUACAGUCACCAUGUUGCCCGACACACGUACAAUUUUCAUUAAAAAAAAAAAAAAAUAUUGACAAUAAAAAAGAAAAAAAAAAAAA